AGCUCAGCGGCGCGCGGAGGCUACAAGUGCCAAGGUGGUGAUCGGAGACUUCUCCUGCAGGGACAAGCGCGCGACGCUCCGGCCGCACUGGGUGGCGGAGGCACGAGGAAACCUGCCUUCUCAUUGAGGGAUCCUGUCAUAGGAAUGUGUGAGUCCUUGGAUAAAUUUGGCUUGGUGACGGCAAUGCUUUCUUCAGAGACACUGCCACUUCCUCCGUGCUUCUUCUCUGCCCUGACCUAAGUUUCCCAGUGUAACUCCCUGUGAUAAGUCAGAGAAUUUGCUCUUUUCACACUUUCCUGACCCUAGGUAGCCUCUCCUUUCCUUCACCCCUUUUAGGGAAAACUGUGGCUGAAGUGUCAACAACUGUGGCUGCAAAGAAGAUGGGGCCCUCAGAAGCAGCACUCCUGGUGCUUCAGUGUUAACUCUUUGGGCUCUUUUCUAAAUUGCUGUUGGCAGAAUUUCUGAAAGCUGCAGGGGGAUGUCUGACCAGCUAUGAUGGAGCUCCACUACCUUGCUGACAAUAGCAGCCAGGUAGCCCUGUGCAGUGCUGGGGACUGGGGUUCAGAAGGGCCUCCCACUGACCAGGCAAAUGCAGCAGCCACCAGAGCUGCUCUCUGCUGCCAGAGACACUGUACAUCCACACAGAGAGCAGCCCAGAUGGAAGGGUCUACACUUAGCCCUUCUCCAGCAUCCCCCUCCUCCUCUCUGCAAGACAGUGUUAUUCAGCCAGACUCCUUCCCACCAGGACAUCUCCGCUCAGGGAACAACCAAAUAACAGCAGAACGGAAAGUCUGCAAUUGCUGCAGCCAGGAAUUAGAAACUUCUUUUACCUACGUGGAUGAGAAUGUUAACUUAGAACAGCGGGACCUGAGCUCACCUUCAGUAAAAGGGAGUAAUCACCUGGUAGACCUUGGCUGGGGGAAUCCAAAUGAGUGGGCCCACGAAGCUGCUAUAUCUUUGAUAUCCGAAGACGAAGAUGAUACCAGUUCGGAAGCCACGUCUGCAGGGAAGUCAGUGGACUAUGGUUUCAUCAGCGCCAUCUUGUUCUUGGUCACUGGCAUCUUGCUGGUGAUCAUCUCUUACAUCGUCCCACGGGAGGUGACUGUGGACCCCAGCACUGUGGCAGCCCGGGAGAUGGAACGCCUGGAGAAGGAGGCCGCGAGGCUGGGGGCGCAUCUAGACCGUGCUUCCCUUUCCAGCCACUGGGAGCUCCUGAAGCAGCCCGUGUAAUACGACAUACCCCCUCGUAAGAAGAAAGUCUCUCCAGGCUCUCCACUUCACAGCUGACGUGGUUCAGAGGAGGACAGGACUGCUUGGAACCACGAAGUUCUCGAUGGCUAUGGGUGCUUUUACCCACAUGACUGCUAUGCCCCUUGAUUCUGUAUUACCUAGAUUCUGCCUUGAUAUCAAUAUCACAUGCUUUGCUCUCUCUUUAUAAUAUCUGAGUCCAUCCCUUUCAUACUUAUUUGUUUUAGGGACCCAGUUGGACCAGUGCUGGCACAUGUCCUUCGAGGUGCAAAUUUAAACAGAGACUGCCCUUCCAAGCCCAUUUGCUCCAUUCCUUUGCUUCUGGGUGUAGAGAUAGGUGAGUGAGUGAGCACUGUGCCAGUUGAAUAUCAGGAAUUAAGGGUCUGAAUCCAAGUGACUCUACAUGUUGUUGCUUCUUUGUGACAGGCAAAACUUCUAAGCAAGAGCACUUGGACAAUUCAGUCUUUAUCUUUCACAUGUGUAGUGACAGCCACAUGCAAAAGCUUACCUGGAUAAAUCAUCUAAAGUUAAAAAAAAAAUGUUUUAUAUAUCUAUCAGGAGAAGGUUUUUCAAUAUGAAGGUCAGAUUCCAUUGCAUCAAUUCCUGCUACCACAAAAAUGUGGUCUGACAAGAGAUUCACAACCAUCACCAAAGGUUCACGUAUUCAGUAAGAUUUAAUACCACUAUCAAGAUUCCAUGGUGACAAAAAAAUAAGACAGAACCUUACCAUUCUAUGACAUGGGGUUUAACCUUGCCCGGAACUGGACAUAAAGAAUAAUUAUAAUGAGAAGAAUUAUAAUGAAGUCUCGCUGGCUUUUUCUAGUUUAAAAAUGUUCGUAAGAAAGAAAAUUAAUACACUGCUGUCUUUCAGCUGAUUUUCAGCUGUAUCAUUUUAUGGUUCAUAGAACUCUAUAAUAUUCUCUCUUUCCAUCUUUUAUGGGCAUAAUUUGCCUGACUCGUGCACUGACACUGUAAAAAGAUACUGUUUUAAAAAUGGAUUUCAAAAAUCCAUGGCUUACACUUAAGAGAGUACCUGUGAUUUAUGUUUGUUAGAAUGCAAUUUUAUGUACACUCAAGUUUAUAUAUGUCUUAGGAGAAUAUUUUAUAAUUACAGAAUUGUAACAUCCAAAGCUAUUGUUAAAAUAAUUUUCUUAUAGAAACGUGGCAUGCCUUAAUGUUGUCUUUAAGGACAAGAGAAAUGUUUCACAGGCCAUGAAUGAAGAAUUUGAAAUCAACUUCAGAAUAAGAUGCCAUAAUCAUAUAGAUCUGUUUUAGUCGUUCAGCAUCCCACAAAUGUUUGAUUAUUUUUUAACCUCUCAAUUUUAGGCUCAUAAAAAUGUGGCAUAUUUAGAAGUUGUUUUACCAUAAAUUACUAUUUUAUUUCAGAGAAAUAUGGGCAGCAGACUUGUUGUUGUUGUUGUUUGUUUGUUGUUGUUGUUUUUUUUUUUUUUUGCUUCAAGUUUAGUAACUCUCCUGUGUUUCAAGAACAAGCAGCCUUGUUUCCCCACUGCCAUCAUCACCCCUCCUAACCAUGCUCUGAACACACCAUGCAAGAAAGUGAAGAUGGGUUGUUACUAUACAGCAUAUUGAGAAUUUUUACUUUGUGGUUUUCAUUAUGCUUUUAAUCUUACUUUUCUUGCCAACCAAGAAAAAUAUUUUGAUGUCUAUUAUGUGUUAUUUGAUAUUGUAAAAGGGCAGUUAUUAAGGCUAUGGGCUUUUUCUUAGGGCAUUUGAUGCCUUAUAUGUUAAUAGCAAGUGUGUCAUAUCAUUUUAAAAUAAAACU